UUGCGUUUUGAUUGGACAUCUGCUUCGUCAUCUUGGUACAAUGUAGCUAGGUUGGUUCUUCCUACUCUCUUUACGUAGGUAUUAGUUUAAUACAUAGAUAAGUUAGCGAGAUAUUAAUUUAUUAAUAUUUGUACAGUUAAUACGUUUAAUUAGUGUAAACAAAGCAUGCGAAGGGUGACGCUUUUUGUCAACGGAACCUCCAAAAAUGGCAAGGUUGUAGCUGUUUAUGGGACUCUGUCUGAUCUUUUGACAGUCGCGAGCAAUAAAUUGGGAAUCAGGGCUUGUAACCUAUAUAAUGGGAAAGGUGGUCUCAUAGAUGACAUUGCCCUGAUCAGAGAUGAUGAUGUGCUGUACGUGUCAGGAGGAGACGCUUUCAUCGACCCUCAGAGUGAUGGGAAAACUUCAGAUGACAUCUCAGGAUCGCACACUGAUUGGCUGACGCUGAAUAUUGGUGGGCGGCUUUUCACAACCACAAGGAGUACUCUUGUGAGUAAGGAGCCUGACAGCAUGCUGGCACACAUGUUUCGAGAGAAGGAUGUAUGGGGUAAUAAGCAGGAUGAACGAGGGGCUUACCUCAUUGAUCGCAGCCCAGAGUACUUUGAGCCCAUCCUGAAUUACCUGAGGCACGGCCAGAUCAUUGUCAACGAAGGAAUAAACUUGCUCGGAGUACUGGAAGAAGCUCGAUUCUUUGGAAUAGAGCAAAUGGCUGAACAGCUAGAAGUUGCCAUUAAGAAUUCUCAUCCACCUGAAGACCACUCUCCACUCUCACGGAAAGAAUUUGUUCGGUUUCUGCUGGCUACUCCAACCAAAUCAGAGCUACGCUGUCAGGGUCUUAAUUUCAGUGGAGCGGACCUUUCUCGGCUGGAUUUGCGAUAUAUCAAUUUUAAGAUGGCAAAUCUGAGUCGCUGCAAUCUCACCUAUGCAAACUUGUGCUGCUCAAACCUGGAGAGAGCGGACUUAUCUGGAGCCAACCUGGAUGGUGCUAAUCUUCAGGGUGUAAAGAUGCUGUGCUCCAAUGCAGAGGGAGCGUCACUGAAAGGAUGUAACUUUGGACCGUCUGGGCUCAAGGCCAAUCUAGAAGGGGCUAAUCUGAAAGGAGUUGACAUGGAGGGCAGUCAGAUGACUGGUAUAAACCUGCGUGUGGCGACGCUAAAGAAUGCUAAGCUAAAGAACUGUAACCUGCGUGGUGCUACAUUAGCCGGCACAGAUCUCGAGAACUGCGAUCUCUCAGGCUGCGAUCUACAGGAAGCCAACCUGCGUGGUUCAAAUGUGAAAGGAGCCAUCUUUGAGGAGAUGCUGACUCCACUGCACAUGUCCCAAAGUGUGAGAUAACCAAUUACAUCUCUCCCUGCCCGGCAACCUCACCAGCCAGCUAUUCACAGCUCUCCCUUACCCCGACCCCCCUUUUCGUUUCACGCUCCUGUGAAACCGUAUGCAAUACUAGCACUUGGUUUGCCCACCCCUUCUCUUUGAGCUUUACUCUCAUGCACUACUGCACAUCCAGGGUCUGUAGUCACGGCCAAAAAUAGCGAAAGCUUAGUGUAGAGAAUCCAAAUAUUUGAAAAUGCCGUUUGUCAAACCAAACUUGUUGCUUUUGGUUUUGUUUUUAUUUAUGCUUUGAGUUGAACUUUUGUUGGAUUUUACCGAAUGUAUACGUUUCAUGUUGUGUUUUGUCUCAAAUAAUGAAGUCAACAUUUCAGUCAAUCAGUAAAACCAAAUAUAUCUGUAGAAUUUUAGAUUUAGCAGUCAAUUGUAGACAGUUUAUGAUAAGGCUUAUUGUUGCACAGCUUACUGCAGGCAAAACAAGCUCAUAAUAGUAGCUUUAUGUAUGUAAAAUACCUUAAACAUCUCUUAUAACUGACAGGUCUGGUUACAAAUAUGCAACAUAAACAUAUAGCUCUUACAUAUUCUGUUUUCACAUUUACUUGUAAACCAAAUGAAUUGUUUGUUUUGGUUUCUGGUUUGCCAUUUGUUGUUUGAUCUACCUCCCAUAUAACCCGUUCUAGUUUUAAGUCAUUAAGUCAAAUGCUGUUUUUGCAACACCUAUUAAUCUUUAAUAACUGUGUAAAACACUUAGCCAUAGGUUAAUAUGCACAAUAAUUAACCAGUGGUGCCAAUAUGCUGGUUUAUAAUAUCACUUUAUUGUAUGUGUAAAUGUUUCACUUUCAGAUUUCUUAUUUUCCCCAUUUUUUAUCUUGUUUUAAUUGAAGUGAAAUGUUGAAGUGACCAACCCGCACCAAAAAUUUUAUGAUGUUUCUCAUGUCACUCAAAUCCAGUGCUUCCUUAUUUCCUUACGUUUGUUCAUCAAUAUUGUCCUACUUUUUGUUAACAUUUUGAACAUAUGAAGCACUAAAUUAGGACUUGUGCAUUCAUAUCCAAAAAUUGUGUAGCACAUUUAUGAAAUGCAUCGUAGGUCUUGUGCUGCUCAACUAUUGCGUUAUAAUAUCAUCUAACCUGAAUUAUUUGCUGCAUGGUUAAAAAAUGAAACCUAACCAUCUCGGUCAGAGAUUUCUGACAGUAGCUCAGAGUUAUUUGUUAUACAACAUGCUGUUAUUUUUCAUUUACAAAUGUUAUUGUAGGUACUCUAUCAAUCCUGUUUAAUGAAGGCAAUCAAAAUAGACUUUUGCACUUAAAGUGUGAUCCUCUAUGUAUAUCAGACCCUUGUGGAAAGGGUGCUAGCUAUUUAUUUAUGUAUCAGGCUGUAUUUAUGUAAGUGGUGGAGGGGAGGAUAUACCUGUUCUCUCUUUACCGAACUUUGUUGCACUCUGUUACGGAAGUGUGUUUCCAUAAAUAGACUGUUAUAAUCAAA